CCAUCUAAUUUCAGUUAGGAACAAACAGGAUGCUCUUCGUCUGUCGCCAACGGCACAACAAAACAGAUAAGCAACAGCUUGUCUGGAUCAGAUUCUUGCUGCCCACCGCUCUCUUCAUCAACCAAUUGCUUCAGCCUCUCCCAUAUAAAUACAGAUACAGCCCCAAGGCUUCACCACCAACAGCCUACCAUUCUCUUCCAUUACUACCAUACACAAGAAAAAACAUCACCGAAGCUUCAGUCCUCAACAAUGACUUGCCAUCUACGGUCGGCGAGCACGCCCUCCAGCCCUCGCUCCAACAACACACAAGUUGAGCAACAGCUCCAGAGCCUCAGUGCAACCAUCUCUUCGCCGUCGGCAACCAUCGAUACGAUGUGCCAUGGUUUGAGGAGGCUGGCAGACAUCUACAGCUGCAUCGACAAGAUGAUGUGCACACCAAGCAGCCAAGCCAGCCUUUGCCACACCCUGCAAAGGGUGGCAGUGGAGGCAGAGCUCGGACGGUCCCUCAUCGUGCUCGAUCUCUGCAACGCCAUGCAGGAGACCUUCAUGGAAUUGAAGAUGACUAUCCAAGAGCUCUUGUUGUCCCUCAAGAGAGGAGACGACGUGUCUGCUCAAGUCAAGGCAUACGCCAGGCUAGCCAAGAAAGCUCAAAAGCAGUUCAAGAAGAUCAGCAAGAAGACUGCUUCCGAUAAGAAUGACUCCAGGGUGGUCAUGCUAAUGGCAGAAGCAAGAGAGAUUACCAUUUCACUGCUUGAAUCCACGUCCUCAGUCUUGUCCAAGCAAAUUGAGAUGCCCAAGUGGUCUCUUGUCUCCAAAACAUUUCACAAGAGCAAAACCGUGUGCGAAGAGGAGCAAUUGCAAGCGCUGGAGCGCAGUAUCGGAGAUCUUGAGAGCGGAGUGGAACUUCUGUACAGGAGAUUGAUCCAGAACAGAGUUUCUCUUCUCAACGCUCUUAGGCCUUUUUUGGUUCAUAGGGUAAAAAAAUCAUAGGAAUAGGAAAGUCAUAGGAAAUGAGAUGACAUGUAUCUCAAAUCCUAUGAGUAGGAAUAGGAAAGGAGAUGCUCUUUGAUUCACAUCAUAGGAUUUUUUCCAUUGAAUCUAGGCUAAUGUUUUUUCCUAUGAAAUAUGGAGGAUAGGAAAAAUUCCUCCACAAAAAUAGGAUUCCAUUCCUACAAACCAAAGGGCUCUAAAGGAUUUUUUUUAUAGAAAUCCUAUCCUAUGAAAUUUCUAUAAGAUUCCUCUAAA